CGUCGACCGCGACCGCACGGCGAAUGGGUGACGGACUGAUUCGGGAGAAACCAACUGUUAGCUAGUUUCCAGUUGUUUCGUAUUACUUGUACGUUGUACGGAGCCUGCAUUCAGUUUCAGUCUCCGUAGAUAGUCGCUUAAAGCAGUUAGCAGUCGGCUUACGGCGGUUUUCAUUGUUUUAUGUUUAAAGUGGUAGUAGAAUUGUAAAAUUAAAGGUUUAUUUAGUCAUCAGUAUUUCUAACUUUGUGUUUACCCGGUGCGACUAUGUCUAAUAGUGAUUUGUCGAGCUCAGAGCAAGUUAAAAACACGCGUUUGUGUCAUAUCGUAAAGUGGGAUCACUUCGAUGGAUAUGGAUUUAACUUGCACGCAGAAAAGGGCAAGCCAGGUCAAUAUAUUGGUAAAGUAGAUGAAGGUUCACCAGCAGAAGCUGCCGGCCUACGAGCAGGAGAUCGAAUCCUGGAGGUAAAUGGCGAGAGUAUCGCUGACAAAUCCCACAAACAAGUUGUAGAAGCUAUAAAAGCGUUACCAAAUGAAACAAAACUUCUGGUGGCAGAUCCUCAAGAUCAACAACAACAGGACCGUACCAGUAGCAACGCUAGUCCUAGCCCAAGCCCUAGUCCCAGUCCAGACGUGACCAACUCAAAAUCUACACCGGAAAAACCGGUUAACCUAAACAACGUCAAUAACGAUGCCACCUCGAAAGAGACCUCCGAAAAUGGUUCGUUAAAUCUUAACAUGACCGCGGCUGAAUUGCGAGCAAAAUUAAAAGAAAAGAAGAAAUUUGAUCCAAAAAGAGAGGCAAUGGAUUUCAAGAAGAAGUUUGAUAUUGUGCAGAAACUGUAGCGUUAUCUCGGUUGAUAGGACUGAUAAUAUAAUACAUUUCUAGUUGCCGUGUUAUUUUGAUAAUUCACUUGAUAUUGUUGGAACGUCCUUGAAAAGCUAGUGGAAAGCAAUAGGUUCUACGGUUGUUUAAAAGGCAAAUUGUUCACUGAGAUAUACUUAUGUAGGUAUAGGCAUAGUGCUUGGUGUUGACGAAAGAAUUAUGGCAUGGACUUUUGUGUUUUUCACCGUUGAUUGUUGUUUGUGAUAAGGCACUAAAUAUGAGCAAAAAUCGACUGAAAACUAUUUCCGCAUCUCCCAAAAAAUAUUGAAAAUGUCAUAUAACGCAAUAAAUAUGGUAGGAUUGCUACUUUUUGCGUGACAGUAAUUUCCAUUUUAGAUCAUGGCUUGG